AUGGCCGAGCCGGGGCGCGACCACAAGUUCUUCCAGUAUGCGAGCGUCGAGGAGCUACAUGCGGACCUGACGGCGGAUAAGCGCGAUAAGGGGUAUGCGCGGAAGAAGGCGACGCUCAAAAAGAUUAUUGCAAAUGCUACGAUGGGCAACGACAUGGCCCCCCUGUUUCCCGAAGUGGUGGAGUGCAUCGAGAUUCCUGCGGUGGACAUCAAAAAGAUGGUUUAUUUGUACCUUGUGAACUACGGGAAGUCGAACGAAGCGUACCUGCCGGCAUGCGUCCGGGGGUUCCUCGCCGACUGCGCCGAUCCCAACCCCAUGAUCCGUGCACUGGCGCUGCGGACUAUGGCCUAUAUCCAGAGCCCACUCAUGUUUGAUGCGAUGGUCGUACCGCUGCGGCGCGCGAUCCGCGACAAGGAUCCAUACGUGCGCAAGACGGCCGCGAUGUGCAUCGCCAAGAUGUACAUUUACGAUCGCAGACUCGUCCACGAGAACCAGUUUAUCGAGAGCCUUCGUGACAUGCUCGUGGAUGAGAACUCGACUGUGGUAUCGAAUGCGGUCGCAGCGCUCUACGAUAUCACCGAGCGCAGCGACGAAAUCCAGCUGUGCAUCAACUACAAUAUUGCGGGGAAGCUCGUCGCGGUUCUCGGGCAGUGCUCGGAAUGGGGGCAGACGUACAUUCUCGAAAUUCUUCUUUUUUUUGUGCCUGAAUCGACGCAUCAGGCAGAGCAGCUGGCAGAGCGCGUGAGCGUGCAUUUGCAGCAGACAAGCGCAUCGGUGAUUCUCACAGCGUGCAAGGCCAUCCUGUACCUAAUGAACUACGUGGCCAGCGCCGAAUUCCGCGAAAUGCUCUCGAAGAAAAUGAGCGCGGCUCUCGUCACACUGCUUACGUCUCCGCCCGAGCUGCAGCCGCUCGUCCUGCACCACGAUAUCAAGUUUUUCUUUUGCAAGUACAACGAUCCCCUAUACAUCAAGGUAACCAAGCUCGAAAUCAUCGGUCGAUUGGUCCACGAAGACAAUGCAUUGGUCGUCCUGCCAGAACUGCAGGACUAUGCCUCGGAAAUUGACGUGGACUUUGCCCGGAAGGCAGUGAGCACAAUCGGCCGCAUCGCUCUGCGCCUCGAAAAGGCCGCAGACAAGUAUGUUGAUGUGCUGCGGAAUAUGCUCGACGACGGCGCACCGUACGUGGUGCAAGAAGUGAUUAUCGUGGCCAAGGACAUCUUCCGCAAAUACCCCGAUCGCUACAUUGGCUUGCUCAAGAUUCUGUGCGAGCACCUCGGCGCGCUCGACGAGCCCCAGGCAAAGGUCGCGAUGAUCUGGAUCCUGGGGCAGUACGCGGAACGAAUUGAAAACAGCGAAGAGCUCCUCGACGACUUCCUCUACACGUUCCUCGAAGAGCCCGUGGAAAUUCAGCUGGCCUUGCUCACGGCGACGGUCAAGCUGUUCUUGAAGCGGCCCAACGCAGGCAGCGCGUUGGUUCCCAAGGUGCUAAAAUGGGCCACGCAAGAUGUCAAGAACCCAGACUGCCGCGACCGGGGGUUCAUGUACUGGCGCCUGCUCUCCUCUGACCCAGCCAUCGCCAAAAAGGUGGUGCUCACCGAGCUGCCGUGCUAG